AUGGAUUCAGAAAUAACAAAGCUCUCAAUGCUUACUCCAGACGAGGUAAACCUCACUGAGUCAUCCAAAGGAUCAGCUUCAGACGCAGACACCAAUGAACAAGUCGACAUACGAACGGUUCAGGCCAAGUCACAGUACGAUAUGGAAUCUGGACUUGUUCCAAGAACGGAGUUGGAAGAUUCCCAAAGAAAAUGCGACGCUCUAGAUCGACUUGUAGAAAAGCUUCAACAAGAUCUUGAGGAGGCACACAGUCUGAUUUUUAGCCUUCAGCCAUCCCAACCACCACUGACUGAUACAGAGGCGGCAAGAGACUUCAAAACUCUUCUUACCACAGUCGAACAAUGGGUCGAUACGAAGGUAUCUGUAUCAGCAAGUCGUUCGUGGUCGUCGGUUGUCGAUCAAAAGGGAGCAACAACGCUCCUUGAUCUUGUGACAACGCAAGGCAGAUCCGCGUUCCUGUAUCCUGGCACAGAUGAAUUCAAUAUUAUCGCCGUAAUUAUGCGUUUUCUUUGUGAUGAAUUUUUCUCAACAAAUUUUUUCGGACCACUUUCCGGGGCAUCCAAGUCAUUCCUAUCACGGAUUGAACAUAAUAUGAGCCAAUUGGACCCCCCACGAGAUCUUAGAACUCGUCGUACAUGGCAUAGUGAGACCUUCACAGCUAUUGCAAAUGGUCCUGGAUUCCGAGAUAGAGUCGAGGCGAUGAAUCGGAAACUUGCAAGCGACCUGUUUGACAUACUACAGAUUUUUAUUACCUCGACAGCUCCUACGGAGAACAUAAUCGAUGGUCUUUAUGAAAAUAUCAUCAAGCGUGCAUACACUCUUUCACUGAAGAUGCAGUUAUCUGUGGAUGAAUACACCAUCCAAUGGUCCGACUAUUACGACUCACAGCCUAAUGCAAGUAUCGUGAUAAAAGAUCCUGAUGACUUUGAGCUACUUGAUCUACAGCGUGCAAGGACGGUCAGUGCCCGUCCACCUCAGGUCCGUAUUCAGUGGUUGUUCGAUGUCACACCAAAGCUAUCAGUUCGAAAAGUACUUCCCAACUCAUAUGGGAGACCUAAGGUUCUUGCUAAACAUCGCAUCCUGGUCAUUGUUAAAGAAAAGACAGCAAGUGAGAAAAGUGAAAUUGAUGGUAUUCACAGUGACCAUUAUCAAACGGUUCUAGGUAUGCUGGAAAAGGCUAAUCGUCCAAGAAAAAUCAAAAGAGGUGGUUUGGAUCGUUUUAUUAGAAGAUAG